GUGGAAGUGCUUUGGUGAGAGCAACAUCAGAUUGGCAACAAUUUCAAGAUCAACACCAUCCCUCGAUCCCCAUCCCAUACAGCCAUUGAAAUCUCCAUCUCCCGUCCAAAUAAAAUCAUACAUCUCUCGAAAUGGAUAGACUAAACAGAAUGCUGGCCUCGGCCGGCGGAAUGGGAGGACUCAACAGUGCCGCCCCCGGAUCGGUAAGUUAUUCCCAAAUAUAGCAGUGAAGAAGCUAUUCGCAUGGAUAUGAAACUGAAUUUGGUAUCUUAGGAUAAUACUACCCUGAUCGAUAACUCGGAAACCGUCUACAUUUCAUCUCUUGCGCUUCUGAAGAUGUUGCGACACGGAAGAGCUGGUGUGCCAAUGGAGGUGAUGGGUCUGAUGCUGGGAGAGUUUGUGGACGACUUCACAGUGCGGGUGGUAGAUGUGUUUGCUAUGCCACAGAGUGGUACCGGUGUCAGUGUCGAAGCUGUGGAUCCCGUUUUCCAGACCAAGAUGAUGGAUAUGUUACGGCAGACAGGGCGGUAAGCAUUAUCUACAAGCUCUUCAUCUGCAAUACUGAUAAACGAAUAUGAUAGACCUGAAACAGUUGUUGGAUGGUAUCAUUCACAUCCUGGUUUUGGCUGCUGGCUUUCUUCCGUCGAUAUCAACACACAACAAUCCUUCGAACAGCUCACCCCUCGAGCCGUCGCCGUAGUAGUCGAUCCGAUCCAAUCCGUCAAAGGAAAGGUUGUCAUUGACGCUUUCCGCCUCAUUAACCCACAAUCUUUAAUGCUUGGACAAGAACCCCGCCAGAGCACAUCCAAUUUGGGUCACUUAAACAAACCAUCCAUUCAAGCACUUAUCCAUGGUCUGAACAGACAUUACUACAGCAUCGGAAUCAACUACCGAAAGACUGCACUUGAGGAGAAUAUGUUGAUGAAUUUGCAUAAGCAUGUCUGGACGGAAGGGUUACAAAUGGACGAUUUCCGAAUCGAGGCAGACCGAAAUACCGAACGGCUACAAAAGCUCGUUGGGCUGUCAGAAGGAUAUGAGAAGAGAGUAAAGGAAGAGACAGAAUUGACCAAAGAUCAAUUGAAGACGAGAUAUGUUGGAAAGGUGGACCCAAAGAAGCAUUUGGAGGAUGUUGGACAACAAUUGAUCGAAGACAACAUUGUUUCCGUUUCAAGGCAGAUGAUUGACAAAGAGGCCUCGGCACCGAAAGAGAAUUCCGGGGCGAAUGGGCACUCAAAUGGCGAUGCGAUGGAUGUGGAGGAGGAACUAUGAGCGCUUCUAUACUUUGUACAACAGGAGUUUGACGUUUUACGCUUGGGCAGGUUCGUGGCAAUUAAUGCUGGGAUAUUGGGUCAUAUGGUGCCAGAAGCUAGUAUCAAUGCGGCUUCUGCAAUCAUACAUGAAGAAUGACUGGCUUCAGCGGAAGCAGUCAUUGGGUUGCCCAACCGUCCGGGGAGGUACUUGGGG